AUGCUCCGGAUUUCGAAACUAAUCCUUCUGCUUUCUCUACUACGGAUCGCGGCCGCGCACGAACGGACUUCGAAUCUCGCACCCGGCCACGUCUCCCUACGCCGAGCAUCACCAGACGAAAGCCAGUAUUGCAGCCUCGAAACAUGUGGUAAUACCGAACAGAAGAUCGGCGUAUGUCACCGUAGCCUCGUCCCCCGAGUCCUCGAAGCCCCCGACCCGUCCUCGCACCCAUCCCGCGGGCACUGGUACGACCCAAAGCACUACGGCAACAACGUCGACGGCUUCUUCCGCGGCGAGAUCGCCAAGCGUGCAGACACCCAAACAGAUAUCGUUCCUCUCUACGGCGGCCAGGUCACCUCCGCGUAUAUCCGCUUCAAAAAUGAACCGCGCUCGCUCGCGAUACUCGGGUUCUGCGGAUGCAUUGGCCUCAUCGUUAUGUCGCAAUCGGCGGUGUGGAUGGCGCAUGUAUACGAGAGCCCCGUCCUCCUCAACGCCGACACGUUCGACAAGAAUGGUAUUAAGGUCCUGAAAAAGGGGAAGGGAAGCUCGAAUAUGUACUACGGGCUUAGCGAUCUGAGCGGCAACGUCUUCGCGUCGGAUAAAGACCCAGUCGCCGUCGUGUUUGCCCCAAAGGAGGGUGGGCAUUUCCGAUAUCAGCCUCUAAUGCGAAAGAUAGAUCAAAUGGUUGAGGACUUAAUCGGUGUCGAGCCCAAAUGGGUUGGUUACACGCCCCGGCGGACUGGUGGAGCUAAGACUAGAAUCGACUUCGAUUGCACUAGAUCCGACGCGUCGCUGGUGGACCCCCCUACAUGGAUUGGACAGGAGCCUUUGAAAAGUAUGAAGUACUGGCAGGAGGAAUCAAGGGCUGCGGGGUACUUUCGGCAUGCGAAUGUGGAGAUAGAGGAGCAGGAGCCUCGAUAG